AUGCCUUCACCACGUGCAGUUUACAGAGUAGAUAUUACGGGACGGGACGGAUCGAGACAGCCUACUCCAGAGUAUGGGGUUUGUUCUGUUGAUCAGUCCUCAUCCGCCAUGAUGCUACCAGUCCCGCCAUCCUCUGAGCUGGCGCUUACAGAGAAAUACCCUCCAGUCAAGUUCUCGACCUUUAAGGAUCUGAGGAAGAUCGUUGCAUCUCAGUACAAGAAACUGAGCGAUGGAGACGAAAACCAGCAUCUCUCUUUCAGCCACGUCACUCCGAAGCAAUUCGAGACAAUCGAAGAGCAUAGGGUGGAUCUUGGGCGCGGUGUUAGCUUCACCUACUUUGGUGACAUAGAGACCUUGAUCAUUAAGCUCCCCUCUCAAGUUCACGAGAGAGCUCACUGCAUGUUUGGAGAGCGUAUGGUGCGUGCUGUCACAGCAAUGCAGCUUGGUCCCGAAGAAUUCGCAGGAUAUGGCGCUACGAAGUAUGUUGGUGAGAAUGCUUCUUCAAAGGAAGGAGAUUCUUCCUGGAAGAACCUGCGUGUCAGGUCGAAUAAGGGAGAUUGGCCAACCCUUGUUAUAGAGGCAGGAAUGUCUGAGUCAAUGCCACGCCUACAUACUGAUGCCAGGUGGUGGAUCGAACACUCGGCCGGAAAAGUCAACAUCGUUCUGCUGAUUUGGAUCCGGCCCUCUAUCAAAGCAAUUAAGAUCGAGAAAUGGGUCCCAGGAGCAGCGCCUGUUACGAAAACUAGCUCCUGCCUUCGAUCGAAUGCGUUCCCAACUCUGACUGAAGAAAUCACAAUCGAUCAGUCCAACACACCCUCCGUUAUCAAGGGGACUCCUCUGCGUCUCGAAUUUGACAAAAUCUUCGACCGCCCUGCCAACCCACCAGUUGAGCAGGAUGUUGUGUUCAGUAGCCAGGAUCUUGAUGAUUGGACUCGUUGGUUGUGGGUCGGCCUGUAG